UUAAAACUGAACUGAAUAAGAAAUCACAACCUUGAUGCCGCAUACACUAACCUUAGUGAAGAUGACCGGCGGACGUGUUAGGAUACCUAAUCCUUUAAAGAUAUGACCUGGGUAUAUACAUCGCUGGGUUUUAUUGGCGCAUAUAUCCUGCUUCUACUCUUCAUAUCGGUUGUCCUAUUGUUCGCCAAGAGACGGUGCGAACGAGGCAACAGUCUGUCUGACCUAUCUUUCAGCAUAUUGGACAUUGCUGCUAUCUACCAGAACGAGGGAGAUCCUAUUCCUUUAAGAAAGAAGAAGAGAAGCCGGAACUCAGACUCAUCAUCGAGUUACAGUGACAGUGACGGUGACAGUGACGACCAUUCGUAUGAAGAUUUAGGUGCAGUCCGGCCCGUGUCAGAUGUUACUUGCGGUGCAACAGGUUGUGAGGAGCCUAUUAAAACAGUAGCAGACACUACAGUAACUGGUAGGCCUCAGCCCCCUAAGAAAUGUUCAACAUUGAGCGGAAUCCUCCUGAAGAAGAUUGGUCGUGGAUGGCGUAAAAGUGGUAAUCGUUUUAAAUCGAGCUACAAAGGAGCCCUGGCACGAGGAAGUGUUAGUUCAAAUCUGACAAAUGAUUACGUUCCUGUAGACGAUUCUCGAGGAGACAGCACCGCUUCUACAUUUGAAACUAGCAAAAUGGCGUACCUAUCCAAUACUAACAAAGCAGACGUAUUCGUACCCGAUGAAGACGAGAACAUGGAUAUUGUGCUCAAUCGACCUAAUCCAGAAGAGGGGGACGAUGUUCUCCUUCGAGAAACAUCCGAUGGGAAAACUCGUCAAUCUUCAAUGUCUACACUCCUCAGAACCUCCUGGCUCAACAUGCAACCUGUUGCAGAUGUGGACCUUGGGUCCAUCUAUGCAUCUGCAGGCUCGGGUGUCUCCUUGGAGGAAACAGAGGGGAUGUUCAUACCCGAAGAGGAUAUUGCCCAUCCUAUAUUGGAAGGUGCUGUGCCAAAUAUCCAGGAAAUGUCACAAAAUAUCAUUGACAUGAUCAGUAAUAACUUUUCCUCCAAGAAUAAUAUUGACCCAUUUGAUGAUCAGUCACGAUCAGCAGGACAAUUUGCUAUGCCACGCUUGUCUUCUAAAACGAAAACUUUGCCUCUUUCAAGAAACUUGCUCGAGGUGCACCCAAUAUCCAAAGAAACUACCACGACACAUGGUACUAAUUUCGGACGUGCUUCUAGAACAUCCCAGUCCUCAGGAUAUGAUGAAUUAACAAGCAUUAACACUGAGUCCCUGAAUAAGCAGUCCUCUGAUACUCGUGGACACGUGAAUCCAGCUGGAACAGCUUCGCUUCCACGACUGCAAUCAAAAUCGAAAACCAGCAAACUUUCACGGAAUCUCUCGGAUACUCGCCGUUCACGUCAUGGAACGCCUAAGAUUGAUGACACAUUUUUUCCACCAAUACCAAGAUUAUCAGAUACCUUUGAAAAUAAAGACAAACUACUUGGAUUGCCGGAGAAGGGUGUUAAGAAAGAAGACUUGUCCUUUCCACCAAUACCAAAAUUUUCCAAGAGUCCUGGUAACUUCAAAGAAAAGGAUAAACCAUCAAACCAACCUGAUGUGACAGACUACCCAUCCCUUCCUUCCCCACGCAGUUCUGGGCUUCAAAGUGAAUUGUCUACAAAUGAUACGAUACCAAUACAGAAACGCCCACUACCACCACUGCCAUUGCCAGAUAAGUCACAAACAUACCAUGCAGCACCCUCGAUACCAUCACAACCUAUCAAAUCAAAGCCAGCUGAUCAGAAGUUCUGUGACAGAGAUAGUUCGUUUUCAGACAGUCGAGGCUCUACAUCUAGCGAUGAUCUGCAAAGCUUUGAAGGAGAGUAUCAAAACACUGGUCAACGGCCAACUUCCUCAUCACUGAAACUAGCGGGCAAAGGCGGUCCACCACCACCACCUCCAAGAAAGGAUUCGAAACUUACUUCGCAAACACCUGCAAAACCCAAGCCUGGCCCUACUGCAAUCAAUGUGAUGGCAUUUUCACAAGUUACGAAGCAGCUCCAGGAGAAGCUUGCAAUGAGGUUACCCGGGCAACCAAUGCCAAGGAAACCGGAUCCUCCUUCUUCAGAAGCCGGGCAACCAAUGCCAAGGAAACCAGAUCCUCCAUCUUCCGAAGAUGACAUUUAGAUUCAACAAACAAGGGGAUGUAUACAUACUGACACUUGACUACAUUUGGACUGAACUUUCCAAUUCAUUUAAGGAAACAACAGAACAAUCUUAUUAUCAUGAUGACAUACAUGCAUAAAAUCGUUGCAGUUUUUAAUUAUACAAACUGCUGACAUUAGAAAACUCAGCCGGGUGGCGGUUUCUGAUAAAAAAACAAUCAUUUCUCGGGAUGUGCCCUUUAGGCCACAGUGGAAUCCAGAGUGGUUAUUCUCUCGUGUUGACGUUAUAUAUUUAAUCUGUUCUUAAGUGACUCAAUAUGAUAUUUCCGGAAUAAUGUUAAUAGCAGCAUAGAAAAUAUGUUGUUAUGUUUUUAAAUACCAUUAAUUAACAAAUCCGUACUUCAUGACAGGCAAAUAUUUCAUCAACUCAAAACUGGAGUCCAUAUGUAAACUUGUGAAACGUGGUUUGUGUUGAUACUGAAAGUAAAGUGGUUAUUGUUCUAGAGUGUAUAUAUUUUUAAUGAAAAUAACACCCUUGUAUUUUUAAAGGUUGUGGAGAUCAUGUUCAGCCUUCUUCUACAUCACUGAAUUGUUAUUCAUUCCUGUUUAGUUUCAGAGUCCUAUGUUCCUAUCGGAAUCAUAUAAGCCUAUCCCGACAAACGUGUACAUAUUUCAAGUAUUAUUUUUUCUUGAUUUUUUUAUACCAAAAUAUGUAAAUAUGUUUUAAAAACAAAGCUAUUUUUCAUCAAUGAAUAGAAACAUGAAUUUCCAAUUUUGACUAUUAUUCACAGUUAGGAUUUACCAUAUUGACCAGAGUUAGUAUUGUUAAAUUCACUUUAUGUAUGAUAUUUAAGAAACUUCAAAAAUCGCGUAGUUUGUAUUAUAUCUACAAGUCAAAUAUGAUAUAUAUAACUGCAAAGUCCACCGAUUAGAUAUGUAUUAACUAGCUUAUAUCUUUCAAAUAACUGAACUAUAUCAAUUAGUUUGUUUUGUUUUUUUGUAUCAUUUUUACAAAUAUGCGCUGAUAGUAGUGAGUGAGUGAGUUAAACGCCACUUUGAACAUUUUGUCAGCUAAAUUACAUUGCUUGUGUAAUGUGUAACAGCGAGGCAGGUUGUAUUUGUUUACCACUUUGGAAAAAUAAACCAAACUUAUUUUUGGUGCUACCAAACCAUUUAUAAAGGUGAUGCAUCUGAGACACGAACAAAUGAUGUGAGCAUCUAUGCACGAUAAAGGGACGCAUUCGACACAGUGAAUCACGGCGCCCCGCCAGUACCCUCGAGGACAUAGUAGAAUGCAGGAAGUGAGUGCAUAAGUAUGUUAUGCAUUGUGUGUCAUUAUAUAUUCAUGUAUAUUUGCUUUAUAUGUAAGAACGUGAUUGCUAUUUGAUGGAAGGUAACAAUGAUAUAAAGUGUUAUGGAGUGGGGGGAUGCUGACAGAAAAUAAAACUACUUCUUGUAUU